UCCACUCUGUCCUCCCUGCCUCAGCAGCCUCUCCCAGUGUCCCCUUCCCUACCUCGCUCCCCUCUCUCUCCCUCCUCCUCCUCCUCCUCUCUCCCGCAGCCCAGCACUCCCACAAACAGUCAGAGCAGAGCACCGCCUGCUGUGGUCUCCCUGCCCGCCAGCUAUAAGGGGACGCCAAACAUCCUUCCCAAGCCCAUCCUGAAGAAGGCUGUAGCUCCUCGGCCUUCUUCCGCUCGCUCCACCGAUGAUGACAUUCAGGGCUCCAAAGACGCCCUCAUCCAGGAUCUGGAAAAGAAGCUGCGCUCAAAAGAGGCCAGGAGGAGAAACAGUCAGAAACUGUCCUAUGAGGAGCGUAUGGCUCGUAGGCUGCUGGGUCCAGACAACGCCACCUACAUGUUUGACCAAGACAAUCUUUCAGACUCACAACUCGACCAGCCAGACUCACCAGAAGGAAGACACACAGGUGGACUAUGGGGGAGGCACCACUCAGGGACUGAUGAGAGGGCAAAUGAGGGCUCAGCUAUCCAGGAGAAAUGUUACGCUCCUCGCUUCCUGCAGAUCCCUCCAGACCUCACUGUAGAGGAGGGACGCUUCUGUAGGAUUGACUUCAAGGUCGGAGGCCUCCCCACACCAGAUGUCUGCUGGUAUCUGGACGGUAAAGCCAUCCGUCCAGACGACUACCAUAAGAUGCUGGUGUGUGAAAAAGGGAUGCACUCAUUCAUCAUAGAGAUCGUCACAGUGCACCAUGCCGGAGUGUACGAGUGUGUGGCCAGGAACCGAGCAGGGGAGAGCAGAUUUUCCAUGAGGCUCGACGUAUUAGCCCAGGAGGUUCUCCGUCCUCCCACCUUUGUCCAAAAGAUGUUGAACUCCAGAGCUCUAGAGGGCGACACCGUUAGGCUAGAGUGUAAAGUGGACGCUUCCCCUCCCCCACAGCUCUUCUGGAAGAAAGAUAAAGACAUGCUGCGCAUUGAUCCGAACAGAAUGAGUCUGUAUCAGGACGGCUCAGGCCGGCAGUGCUUGUUGAUAGAGAGGGUGAUGAAGUCUGACGCUGGUUGGUACACUCUCUCUGCCAUCAAUGAAGCUGGCAUGUCCACAUGCAACGCCAGGCUGGAUGUAGGCACUCGCACAGCCCCGCCCAUGAAGACGGCGCCCCCUGCCUCGAAGACGCUGAAGCUGCUGUCCUCCCUGAGCCACAUCCCCGCUGUGACCGUGGAGAGCCCCGGCCAGCACACCGCCCCGCUGUACGAGAGCGAAGAGCUGUAGACCCGCACUAAACCCCGUCACAUCCUCACAUCGCCAUCACACCUCUCAGAGCUGUCAAACUGGGCCGGAGCCUGGACUCGCCGUCGUGUCCAGAAAGAUGCAGUUACCCAACACCACUGCAGCAGACGAGGACACGUUUCCGAAUCCCUCUGAGGCCAAGCCAGGUCGGGUCAGUUAAACAAGCUGCAUUUCGGUUGUGUUGUUGUACGAGGCUCAGCAAUAGUACUCUUCCAUUUCAGAUUUCUUGAACAAAUUCAAAAUUUUCAAGAUUAAGCUACAAGACAACCCACCCUCCAUUCAUUAUGUGCUAUGUGUUUGAAAUACUCGGAGGAAAAACAGGCCUAACCAUCAGGAGCACUUGAUAGCUACCUUGAUGGCAAUGUGUUCAUAAUCACACCCCAUGUUGUCCAUCUGCCGCUGUUUGUCACCACUGUGCCCGUCCUCUUCCUGUCUGCCUGUAGUUUAAGGAUGCAGAGCUCUGUUCGAUACAUGCCUGUAAGCCUCUCCACUCUGCCCGUCCGGACUGUCUCAGCAAAAUGCUGUGUGUGGCUCAUGGGUGUAUUAAUAGACCUGGAGACAGUGUGGCAGAGUCAGCCCUGCUGCCAGUUUUAUCCCAGCCACCAACCACGAUACCAUUUUCCCCACAGAAGGCUGACGACAGGAGCCUCUCAAACAGCACAGUUAUUACUACUUGCAUUGAGUUCUGUUGUUGUUGUUGUCUGGGUGAGCAGCUGUCAUUUGUGCGUUAUGUUGAAACACAGUUUCCAGAUCUCUUCAUGGUCUAGAUUAGAAAACAGGAAACAACCUUGAUUAACUGCAGUACCCACAAUCCAACACUGCCAUCAUCUCUCGCUGCACUUUAGUCCUGCUCGUCACUCUGUGUCCUGCAGCAGCUGCAUGCCUCUCCUCCAGCUUGUGGCUAAACCAGGAUGAUUUUGUGUUUGAGCCUCAGAAUUGAACCUUUUGUCCCUGAAUUACAGCUGCUGUUUCCUCUGAUGAUGUGUGUCUGUAAAGCUCCAUUAACUGGAAUAGACAAUCAGAUUUCCAACUAACCUUCCCCCCUUGUUUAAAGACAGCUCGGAGGUCACUGCUGGUUACUGCUCAGAUUCUCUGCUGUGGUAUAAAUUCAGCCUAUUAUGUGUUUUUAAGUUGGUUCCUAAUAUACAGUGUAUGUGAAUUAAGCUAUUUAUUUGAACUGCAGUUAUUAGUUAUCAGUGUUGGUACUUUAAGUUGCCCCUCUCUUGGCCCACAAAAGGCUGCAACAUGAGGUGUAUAACAUCAGUGAGUUGGUCAAAGAGCAACAGGCUGCCAUCCUGAUACCAAAACCUGACCUGCACUCAAAAGAACACUUAGACCUAACUUGCUUUGAAAAGUUUACAUUUUAUCACAUCUGCAGUGCAGAUAAGACAUGUUUUUAAACUUAACUCAAGAGGAGAAAAUUGAGUUUUUCUCCUUCGGUGCCUGCAUGCAUCAUUGAUUCAGUAUGUUCAGCUGAAAUAGGUAUCAGUAUGUCAGCCUGUGACCAGAUUUGCCAAACUCUCCAUUUCUGACCAGAGCCUUCCAUGAAAAGAUCUGUCAAAAUGAGGCUUGAGUUGCCUGCUUACCUUGGAACUGUUUGUUGUUACUGCCAGACAUAAAGUCAUUUCAUGAAACCUGGUAUUUUUUGGCUGGAUCUGCAUGCAAACUGAAAAUCUGGUAUUUAACCCUGCGUGGCCAAACUGAAUUUUCUUCAAAUUUCAAAUGCGAUGUACUUCAACUGCAUUUAAACAUGAACAUGAGCUAAAGUCCUUCUUCCAGCAGUUUGUCAGGAAGUUUGGGUCAAACAGGAUUAAACACUGGAUUUUGCAUGAAGCAGAAUAGUUUUGGUAAGUUAGGUCCUUCCUGUUUUGAUUUGAACCUGCAGGUAUUAGUGUGUAUCCUCCUAAGUACUGUUUGUUGUGUAAGAUGUUCUACAUAUCACUGGAUG